AGGCCCUCCUCCAUAUCCCCUAAUCUGACUCUGUUAUUGACAACAGAUUCUCAACUUUUGGUCCAUCUUUAAAAAAAAAAAAAAUGCAGCAAUACUCUCCUGACAAUGCUCUGGAACCAAAUGAAGAAGUUUUCUUGAAUGUGGAAAAUGAGAAGAUAGAGUAUAGUGAGAACUCUUUGGAGAACAGUGAUUCAGAGAGCAUCACAUUGGCUCCCUCUGAAAAUAUGGGUCUUGCCUCUGGCCAGGACAAAGAAUCAUCCAAUAUGGUGAUUCAGAGAAGAGGUCAUAGAGGUCCUAAUCAGUCUCCAAAGAGUCCCUCAGUAGAGUAUGUCAGUGGCCAGGGAAGUAGCCCCUUCCAAUUUGAUAGACAAGCUCCAGGUCGGAUUUCAACCUCUCCCACCUUGCGGCGACUCAGAAACAGCACUUCUCAGCUGCCCCCUCAUCAAGACUCUUUGGAAGCAUCCAACUGGCGAAACUGGAAGGGGGCCCUGGGUUCUCAGAACUCUCUUUAUGACAAUCUUCCCAGGAGCCCCAAGGCUUGUUCUCAAUCUCUGUCAUCUUUGAGUUUCAGUUCCAAGGCUCCCUACUUGGAACCAACAACGGCAUCAUUCAAUUUUACAAACUCCAAAACCAGUUGGCCACAUCCAACAAACAGUCUCAUAGAUGAUGGUACUUGCUCUGGGUCUCAGAGCAACAAUAUGGUCCAUUCUCCACCUGGAAAAGAACAUCAACCUCAGUUUGGAUCUAUGACCCAUGACAAAUGGAAUCAGAGAGAAGAAUUCUACCAGUCCAGGUUAUUCCAGCACAGGAGAAGUUCAGUGGUUGUGAACCUGCCUGGACUUGAGGUGUUCCCUGGAGAUCUCCUGGUGCCAGAUGGAGUGGCCAGCUACCUGUGCCACCCAGCCCUGCUGCUGAAUUCAGAACCCAAAAAGCCAAGAUGGCCAUUCUCCAAGAAAGGCGUGCAGAGCAAAGACAAACAAAAGCAAGCAUUUGACCUGGAAAAUUGCCUUUCCACUAUUAAGAUCACUGAUUACAGCGGAAACGAAUUUCACAGUUUGAAGGAUAAGACCUGGGAAGAAGUUCUGGAAAGACAUGAAAAGCUUCCUAGUGAACCACCAGACUUGAGAAAGCAGCAGGAAGCUGUGUGGGAACUCUUCACCAGUGAAUGCACCUAUUAUUUAGAUCACUUGCUAGUUCUUAAGAUGGUCUUUAUGAACACACUCAAAUACCUGCAAAACUAUGAAUGCCUCUUAGAUGUGGAUAUAUGGAGACUUUUUGCAAAUCUUGAAGAGUUAAGUCAGGUCAGUCUUGGCUUUCUGAGCUGUUUUUUCAGCACCAUCAAGGAUUACAUAAAUUCAUCUGGCUCUGCAUCCUCCAUGGAUUUCAUCUCUGUGCUAUCCAAGCAUUUCCGAGGGCGCCUCUGUCAGAGCCACCAGAUUUACUGCCUUAAUUACACCUCCGCCAUCUUCUAUCUCGAGAGCUUAAGACAGAGAGAAGAUUUUGGAAUCUAUUUAAAGUGGUGUGAGAAGCAUGACCAGUGCAAACGACUCCACCUCUCUGAAUUGCUGGUAACUCCCCUGCACCGAUUGACCAGGUACCCGAUGCUCCUGAAAAACAUUUGGAAAAGGAGUAUCGAUGCUAAGGAGAAAAUUACCCUCUACUCUCUCAAGGAAAAAGUGGAGAAGGCUAUCCGUGAUCUUGAAGGAAAAGUGAAAUGGCUGGACAAUUUCCAAAAGUUUCGAUACCUCCAGGAGAUCAUAGUGUGGCCUCCACUUUGGGAUCGAGAUAAAAGGUUCUUCAUACCAGAGUGCCUAAAACAUAUUUUUAAGGAACACAUGGCAGACAACAUCUUAUCACCAACCAACAGACACCUCCUUCAUGAAGGGAAGUUGACUCUCGCAGAAAGCAUCAGAUUCCUAGAUGUCUACCUGUUUCUGUUUGAUGACUUCCUACUAAUUACAAAAACCAAACACAACAAAAAGAAACUUGGGGGCUCAGACAUUGGGUUAGUCUGCCCUUCCCUUACCCCGGAGCUACAGGCGAUGAUUAAAGAAGGUGGUUCUUGUACAGUACUCGAUCAACCCAUUCCUUUGGACCGGCUGGUGGUUAAAAAUAUCGAUCCAUUCCACAUAUCAGUGUUUGGAUUAAGAAAUGCUUUUCUUCUACAACACAAAAACCGUUAUCAACAGUGUAUAGCAGCCUUCUUGUUGCAAGCACAAACAGAAACAGCCAAAAAAACGUGGAUGGCACAAAUAAAAAGAGCAACCUCUUGCUUCAUGAAGAGAUAUGAGACAAAGAAAUCCCCCUUCACUUUGCCUGCAGAAUCCUCCGAGAUCUAGAAGCCAGAGUAUGAUGUCCAUAUUUACUAUAACUUUUUGGCUAGUGAUAGAGGCUACACCUGUGAUUUCACUGGCUAGAAUAAGGACACACCUUCUACUAACUCAACACCUUCUCUGUAACUUAAAAAGUCUUGGAGGGCUGCAUA